AUGCCCGGCGGGUGCUAUGGUCGUAGAAAACGUAUAUAUACAGAGGAGUUUUCUGACGAAGAAGAAGAGAAGUCAGACUCGUCUUGGACGACAAUACAGCCACUUAAAAUCGACUUUGGAACUACAAUAAACGCAACGUAUUCGCGUCAAAGUCAACGAAAUAAAGUCGAAAGAGUCACGAAUGUGAUACUAGAGUCUCCAACAAGAACCGAAAGAGUCGUUGACGUGUUCAGCUCCAGUCCUACAAAAUUCUCUCGUUCUAAAGGUGAGUAUACUCCUCCAACUUCACCCAUAAGAAAUGAAGAAAAACAAAUAGAGACCAAGGAGCCAAAAGAAACGGUGACAAAAGAGGAGCUUUCAGCAAAAGAAGAGAUCAAGAAUUCACGUUCUUCAAAAGAAGUGAGUGCUUGGGACGACUUGUUCGGCACAAUUGAACCCAAGUCUCCUAUGACCAGACAGCUUACCGAUAAAAUAUCUGACCAAAAUUCCCUUCCAAUAGAUAUCAAAGCAUUGGUACAGUCCAUGUGUGUUCCAGUUGAGACCAAAGCCACCAUUUUGAAAAAACUACCAAAUUCAAAAGAGGCUCAAAUACUGUCUCCGUCCACUCCUAUCCGUUCAGUUUCCGGUCACAGAACGUACGGCGACACCCGCAGCUUUCUCGCAGACAGAAUCUUCGACGUGGCUACAGAACAGUCACAAAUGAUCAGUGAUACCCAUGAUUACGAGUCUGUUGAAACCCACUCUAAAGCAGAUUUCGAUAUGCGUAUCCUUGGACUGCUCCAGCGACGUCGUGACGACAUCAAGGAGUUCUUGGAAGGUUUGGUAGUGAAGCGUGGAAAACCUAUAGAAGCCGCUAAUCAAAUGCUUCUAGAGUGCUUGGUAGCAAUCUGCCGUAAUAUAAAGUCACAUUCAGUGGUACCAGACGACAGAAUUGUGGCUCGACUACAAAUACUUUGCAACAAAUUCAGCAACCAAAAUGAUUCAGGAUCGCUCGUGAUUGCAAAGUUGAUUUCAGUUUCCUUCUUUUACAUGUUAAAACUACCGAAAGUCAAAAUCUUGCAGUCUUUAUCCACUACCACCAUCAACGACAUUAUGAUGGCUGCAAAAAAGCCAUUCAAAACCGAAAAGCUACAGGUUCUGAAAAUUGCAUUGGAAAGCUUACAACAAUUCAUUUGUGAGUUACCACCACAAAAAGAGAUGGUUCUGUCGUUGGUAGAAUCUCUUCAUCCACAACCACACUGA